GUGGCCGUGGCGCUGCUCGGGGGCGCCUUCUACGAGUGCGCCGCCAGCGGGAGCGUCCCCCUGGCGCGGCGCCUGUGUCGGGGCCGCGAGCCCACCUGCGAGGCCCAGCUGCCGCUGGCGCCCUGCCGCCAGGCCCAGGAGUCCGACGCGCAGGACCUGCUGAAGGAGCUCAAGGCCCAGUCGCAGGUGCUGGGCUGGAUCCUGAUAGCAGUUGUCAUCAUCUUCCUUCUGAUUUUUACCUCUGUCUCCCGAUGCCUAUCUCCAGUUAGUUUCCUGCAGUUGAAAUUCUGGAAAAUCUAUUUGGAACAGGAGCAGCAGAUCCUUAAAAGUCAGGCCACAGAGCAUGCAACGGAAUUGGCAAAAGAGAAUAUUAAAUGUUUCUUUGAGUGCGCACAUCCGAAGGAAUCCAACACCCCCAGCAUUAAAGACUGGCAGCAAAUUUCAUCACUAUAUACUUUCAAUCCAAAGGAGCAGUACUACAGCAUGUUGCACAAAUAUGUUAACAGAAAAGAGAAGAGUCAUAGUAUCAGAUCUAACGAAGGAGAUGCAGUGAUUCCUGUUCUUGACUUUGUAGAUACACCUGGUAUGAACAUUGCUGCUGGGUUAUGACCUUAUUAAUGAAUACGGGGAAAGUUCUUUUGAGUUUUUGCUUCAUUAAAAAAACACAGACUUUGGUAUUGUUUGUGACUGCUCUUUUUUCGAUUUCUCAAAUUGUGGAAACAAUUUUAAAUCAAAUAAAAAAUUAGAACUUU